ACAACCGACAUACCAACUAGCGACAAAGGAAGCUUGCCCUCAAGUACAUGCAUGUUAAAAUUCUUCGCAGUUCCAAAUCUAGUUAGUGCUUAGAACAGACAUGCUUUCUUUAAGGUGAAAAGGUAUUCAGCUGAUCUUGCAGCGAAUCAGUGCCAUUCGUUCAUCAUGGAUACUUCCCGCUCCUUGGUUUAUGCAGGACUUCCGCGGAACGAAUUCACUGAAUGUAAACUGGGCGAAUUGGCUGACAAAUUAUGGAUCUAUUUUCAAAGGAAAAAUGUUAGUCAAGGUUGCGACGUCGACAGUGUUUCCAGCAUUGAAUCCGACACAAGUGGUAAACUGUGGAUGAAGGUUAUAUUCAGUGAGCCAUCAGGUGCUCAGCACGUGGUGUCAAAAUCGCAACAUGAGUUGAAGGUGGAUGGGUGGGAAAUCAUUCCCUUAGAGGUCAGGAAAUCCUUUCCUUCAGACGAGUCGUCCCAGUCAGAUGAUAAUGAAUCUUUUGACUAUGUGGACGCUGUGGAUAUGGAUGAUCCCAAAGGGGCCUUGGCAAGUGACAGUCAUGGAAAGACAGCGUCUGCUACACAUGUGCAGAACCAAUCAGCAAGCCAGAAAGGUUUCCCGUCCAGUCAACAAAGCGGUUUAUCACGGAAUGCUGCCACCCUCAACCUUACUGCCCAUGCAGCAUCGCCUAAGACUGAAGAGACCCCUUCAGGUCCAGUUUCAACCCAACGUGCAUCAAACUCUGGAGGAGAUUCUUCCACACAGUCAUUCAAAGACAACACUGCAGGUGGAGAGGGGUCUUAUCAAGAUACAGAUGAUGCUGAUUUGUACGGCCCAGACCCCAAAGAACCAUGCAUAAAAAACGAGGCUCCCACUAUGAGAACAAGUUCUUCAGAAGAAGCUGUAAGUAAUUAUACGCGUGGUAAAGGCAGUGAAACCCAGGAACAAGGAUCUUUUCAAGCCGAGGCGGUAUUAUCUGCCGGCACCAGUCGUAACCAUCAGCCAGUUGAUGGUAAACAGUGUCAGUUCACAGGCAGUGGGAAAAAACAAAAUGGCAGUUCUAAAAGAUCUGAGCCUAAGAUAGCAACAAGGCAGAAUGAUACGGGCAAGCAGGACGGUCAUGUACCCCAAGAAAUGACCAAGUCCUCUGAUGGCCCUGCUGUGCCAUCUGGUCAUACCAGUAAGCGUAAGAGGAACCGCGGUAAGGCCAAAAAACAAAGCCCAAAAGAAAGCCCUGAGGAGAAACGGACAGCUCCAGAAAGGCAGGAAAACAACGAAGUUAGCUCACAUCGUGAUGAUCAGGUGCAAGAGGGGGAUUCACCAAAUGGGCAGCAGGUUGAGGAGGAGCAAGAGGAGAAAUUUGUUGAAGUUACAGGUUUCAGUCCUUCGUCAGAGGAAAUGCUCAAGAUGCAUUUUGAGAAUUCUAGAAGAUCUGGAGGUGGCGAAAUCGAAACCUGGGAACAUGAUGUCAAGACUGGAGCCAUUCGGUUGACAUACCAAGAUCCAUCACUUGUCAGCAAAGUGAUUGCCAAACAACAUAAGGUUGGAGGAGCAACUCUGUCGGUGAGACUGGUUGUAAAGAAGAAGCCCCGCCCUCGUCCUGUCAAUAAACGAUGUCUGUUGCUGAAAGGAAUUCCUGAUGAAUGUACCUCAGACCUUGUGGCAAUGUUCGUUGAGAAUCGAUGUGGCACGGAGGACUUCGAAAUACGAUAUGGUGAGAUGCCCGGUACAGCUCUUUGCACAUUCAACGAGGACAUCGAAGAUCUGGAGAAUGUAAUUAAGAAGAUUUCUUUGAAGAAGUUGAAAGGACUCUAUGUCACGGCUGAAAAAGUACACGAGUCAGAUUGUAUCUUAGUGCAAGGUGUCUCGUCGAGAGAGAGUUUGGAGAUGAUUGAGUUGUAUUUUGACAACAAAAAGAAAAGUGGCGGAGAAGGCGUCAGGGACGUACAACAAGGGCCAGAAGAAACUCAGGCUAUUGUUUUCUUUGAUGACUGGAAAGUUAUCAGAGAUGUUCUUUCCAAGAAAGGACCCCACAAGGUUGGAGGUGUCGAGCUAUCAGUUGAAGAGUACCAUGAAUGUCUCGGAAGGAUAAGCCCGUUAGAUGUCCCGACUCCGCACAUCCCUAAGCCAGUCUCUGUACAGGUGCCACAAGCUUUCAUGGAGUUUAUCUUCGGACAAAAGGGGCAACACACAAGGAAGACUUUAGUUCAGAAGCUGAGCGACGUGAAGGCCUCUCUGAAAUGGCCCGAUGGUGACGACAAGACAGUAGCUAGGCUGGAGCCUCUACCAGAAGACGGGCAAAGGCAAUCAUCCUGGCUCAAAUGGCCUGAAGUCGCACCUGAAGCUUUGAAGGACUUCCUGAACAGGUGUAAGUCUUCAAGGAUCGCAAUCCCAGUGCCAUUGUGGAAAGACACUGUUGCUAAAAUAGAUCAGCAUGGUACCAAUGGCUUUUCCGUCGAAUUGGAUGCUACUCAGCACAUAGUCCAUCUGGUUGGAGUGCAGCAAGAUGUUGAUAGAGGAGCUAAUGACAUCAAUAAAAUCAUCAAGGAGUUGAAAGAAAAGGCGGAGUUUGAAGCCCAGCAAACAAUACAAGACAUAAAGUUAACAGCAGAGAAGCUUCAGCCUUUUAUAAUUUGUGGAAUCAAGGAAAAAAUUGAAAAUGCCUAUCCUGACUUGAAGAUCACUAUUACUGCCAUGCAGGAUAAAAUCAUGCUCAGGUUUGAAGGCACCCGAAAGAAUGUACAAGAAGCAGAGCUGUUGAUGCGGAGGGAAAUGGACAGUCUUGAAUGCAUAGAAUUUAAGGCGGGCAAAAACAAAGUGCAGUUUGUUCACAUCCUUAAAGACAAAAUCCAUGAAAUCUUAGGGUCGCAGGGAAUUCGUGCAGCAUGCAAGGGAUCUGAUGAUGGCAAGAUAAUCAUAUCUGGUGCAACGAGGAAGGACGCAACCCAAGCCAAGGCUUACGUUGAUCAUGAAAUAGUAGACGAUGUCAUUCCCAUAAGAGGGAAAGCUACCUUGGAUGUCCUUCAAAACCAAAAUGGCCAAAAACUCCUAGAUAGUAUCAACAACCAGAGAUUUGUAAUGGCGGCUAUCAGCAAAAAUGGAGGCAGUGUUGUUGAACUCGCUGGAUUCAAAACCAACAUGGAUGAAACAAAAAAAAAAAUCGACACUUUUUUGAAAGAUAAUGUCAUCAUGAUGAGACUUAUUAAAGCAAACAAGAUAAAAAUACGACUCAUCACCACAUUUCAUGGCGCUGACCUGGUAAACCUCGAAAAGCAGAAUGCCCCAAACCGUGUCAAAAUCCAACCAGUGAUGAGUGGUCACACCAAGGGGUUUACCAUUCAAGGAAAUGAAGAAGGUUUAGAGGCUGCAAGUCAGUUCUUGACUUCUCUGGUAGCAAGAAUUAAGGAACAGCCUUAUCCAGUCUCAAAGACCGGCAUGGCUCAACUGUUCCGAGAAGAUAAGGGGAGGAAGUUUCUGGAAUCACUGGAAGCAGAGUUUCAGUGUGUGAUCAGUGAGAAUGUGGAAGAAGAUGAGGAGGAAGUAGCCGGUUCAGGUGGAGCGCUGAUGACCACAGAGGUACUUUGCCGAUUUUCUCUACCAAAUGGCUUCAUUCUGAAAGUGUGCAGAGGCGAUUUGACAAGGCAAAAAGUUGACUGCAUAGUAAAUGCUGCCAAUGUGGAACUGAAACACGUUGGAGGACUAGCAGCUGCUAUUGUUGAAGCUGGUGGGAGAGUUAUCCAGACCGAGUGUGAGCAGAUACUGAAGGACUUUCAUCGCCGGGAACUUUUUGUCGGUGAGCCUGUUUAUACCUCCAGUGGUAGCUUACCCUGUAAGAAGGUCAUCCACGUUGCAGGACCAAAAUGGCCACACGGGAAGACAGCCAGACCGAAGACCGACGAGGAGCCAAGUUUUGAGGAGCAUCUCCUUUAUAAUAGCGUAUUGGCUUGCCUGAAACUGGCAAACCAACUCAAAAUGAAGUCCAUUGCCAUCCCAGCCAUCAGUACUGGUGUAUAUGGCUUCCCAGUCGAGCUUGCCUCACGACAAAUUCUCAAUGCUGUGGCUUACUACAUUCAGAAUACGCUUAACCCUAUCCUGACAGAGAUCCACCUAACCAACAAUGACCAACCAACUUGCAACGUAUUCAGACAGACAGUGAUGAAUCGAUUUAAGCAGUACCAGGAGGAGGAGGUUGUUGGCUUUGAUGUUGAUGUAGGGUCCGCAGGUGCUAGUUGGGAUACUCCUGUCACAGAAGAUGAUACACCUGUUCCUGCGCCUGCACCAAAGUUUACUGCAUCAGGACAGAACACACUGACAACAAAUGAAGGCAUUAACAUAACACUGAAGAAAGGAAGCAUCACCAACGAAACGGUUGAUGUGACUGUUAACACCGCGGGAUCUGACAUGAAACUUAAUAAUGGGAAGGUGUCACAGACAAUACUGCAAGUAGCUGGGUUAUCAAUACAGCAGGAAUGUGAUGCACUGACUGCAACUCGAGGCAAAAUUCCUUCAGGGGACUUCAUAGAGACAGGACCAGGUGCUCUCACCUGCAAGAAAAUCUACCACUGUGUCUGUGCAGGUUACCAACCAGGGGUAUCAGAGAAGGCCCUGAAGAAACUUAUCCUUAGGUUAAUGGAGCAAGCUGAGCAAAAUGAAAUGCUGUCCAUCGCCAUCCCAGCACUCGGCACAGGCAACUUGAACUACCCAGCAGGUGUUACUGCACAGGUUAUGUAUGAAUCCAUCUUGGAAUUCAGCAAUCUACAUCCUAACGGUGUACUGAAGGAUGUCCGGUUUGUGGUAUACGACAAAGAUGCCAGUACUAUCCAGGGUUUUGAAGGUGAAAUUCAACGUCUGUUGACCCCUGGAAUAUCUAGGGGAGCUACGGGUUACGCCCCCACUGGCCGCAGUAGGAAGUUGAAAAAGCCUGGAUCAGCAUCAACUCCUACUGAUCGUCAGUCCUACUCAGAGAUACGGCGUGAUCACACAGGGAUGCUACAGACCAAGAUAGGAUCCGUUUGUCUUCAGGUUGGACAAGGGGAUCUGAUUAAGGAAACAACUGAUGCCAUCGUCAAUAGCGUGGGACCAGGUUUGGAUUUACAAGGACCCGUUUCUAAGGCUAUCCUGGCUCACGGCGGAAGUGUUCUUCUCGACGAGUGUCAACUGCAACGCAAAAAAGAGCCAAAGAAACUUGUCUAUGUCACUACUAGUGGAUCACUUCAGUGCAACUCUAUAUUUCAUGUCGUCACCCCUCAAACUCCGGAAGAGAUAAAAACUAUCGUGUUCAAGACAUUGAAGCAGGCAGAGGAAGGCAAAUUGAAGUCAGUGUCCUUUCCAGCCCUGGGCACAGGCAAAGCAGGUCAGUCUGUGGAGGACUGUGCCAAUGCCAUGUUGAAAGCUGUUGGUGAAUUCGCAGUGCAGAGGAAACCGCGCCAUCUCCAUCUCAUCCGUUUGGUUAUUUUCCUGCCAAACAUGGUCAGUGGUUUUCAGGAUGCUUUGCACAGGGAAGUUGGUACUUCCUACAAGAAACAAAAAGGCUGGCUGUCUAAAGGCCUAGAUUUGGCCAAAUCCGCCUUGUCCACUCUCUCUAGUGGCACUGCAGCUGCGGAUGAGUUAUCCGAGGAAGAAAGCCUUCAAGAAACAAUCAUUCUUAAUAUAUGCGCCAUGGACAUGUCCUCUAUAAGGAAGGCUGUCGACAAGAUCGACCAGUUCCAAAGUGAAGAAUAUAUGUCAGAGGAUCGACCUGAUGACCAUGGAAUGAUAGGCAAGAUGACGGAUGAACACAUUGCUGAAGUCAAAGCCAUUGAAAAGAAAUACAAUGUGAAAAUAUCAUGCCCUCGUGGCAAGUGUGUCCGAGUUCAGGGUCGUGUAAUCAGUGUGAAGGAUGCUCACAUCCAGAUUCAAAAGAUGUUCACAAAAAUGCAAAAAGAGGAGCUCGAGGCUCAACGAAUUGAACUCCUGUCUAAACAAGUACAGUGGAAGUACAGUACACCACAUGGAGUAGAAGCAUAUGACCCUGAAGUGAAUACUCUCAUAGAGGAUGCCUACAAUAGCAAACGUCCCUCCGUAACCUUGAAUCUAGAAGAAGGAAAAGUAACAAUCCAUUUCAAGGAUAUGCAGGAGGUUUCAAGGGCAGGGACUCUCAAUGUUCACAGAAUCGACUUGACAAAAGUUGCUGCCUUUGAAAUGCCGUCCAACUGGAUUCCUAUGGGGCAAAAUGAACACUUCAAAAUGGCACCACUGACUGCUGGCACAAACGAAUACAUCACUGUAGAAACACAGUUCAAUGCAACUAUGGCAGGCCAUCAGAUUCAAGAGAUACAGAGAGUUCAGAACAAAGACCUAUUGAUGCAAUACCAAGCCCGCAAGGCAGCGAUGGAAGCUCGUCUCGGCCGACCAGACGUUGAAAAGACACUGUACCAUGGGACUGAUGAGACGACAAGUGACAAGAUCAACAAGCAGGGAUUUAAUCGCAGCUUCUGUGGCAAGAAUGCAACUGUUUACGGAAAUGGAACCUACUUUGCUGUGAAUGCUAACUACUCUGCACAGCCCCAGUAUGCAAAGCCCAAUGCAAGUGGUGUAAAGCAUGUAUUCGUGACAAAGGUCCUAGUUGGAGAUUACACCAGAGGAAGUCAAGGUAUGAUAACUCCUCCAAACAAGCCGAGUCAUCCAGAUCAACAGUAUGACAGUGUGGUUGAUAAUGCAAAUCAGCCUGGCAUUUUUGUCGUCUUUCAGGAUGCACAAGCAUACCCAGAAUUCCUCAUUAAAUUCACAUGAGUAAGCCAAGCUUCGAUCGGAUGAUUGAGACUUUGGGAUGUGUGAAAUCAUUUGACACGUCGCUUUCCAUUACACAAAAGAUCUAAUUUGAAUCAGUAUGAAAACUGACAUAAUAUGGACAGUUUUAUUAGCCAGUUCGUGGUAUUGUGCGGUCAUGAUGUGACACCCGUGGCGAUACCAUGGUGACCAGAUAUUGUGGCAUACAGCGACGGGAAUUUUUAACAUUUAGUCAAAUGAACUUAUGAAGAUUUAGUGUGGUAAGUGCUUGUUUGCUUUCCCUAUGGACCAAUUGAAACCUGUUUAGGCCUACUCAGUGUAUAUAAUCUCGCUUGUGUUUUUCACAAGCCUUCGGAAGCAAACUCUGAGUAUACAGUAGUAUAAUACAUGUCGAGCAGGGCAAAACUCCCAAAUUAAUUAACAUCUCCCUGGCACAAAUCCAUCCUUUGAAAUAAUUUAAAGCAUUGCUAAAAAGUGAUAUCAUUUAAAAUGAGGACUUUGAUCAUGAAGAGUCAGAUGAACAAGCACAUGAAAUAAUUAAGAAGAAAAAAAAUCUAAAUUACUCAUUUCUUUCAAGAGGUGUUUUGUCGCUCAUAGUAUUUGCACUUGUUCACUUGUAAAGCAGGAUUAAAUUGGGUACGGGAGAUUGGUAUGGAAAACUCUGUAAUUGAGUUGCUUAUUAAAUUAAUCUUUUGUACAGAAUGAAAAUCCGAACGUAAAACAUUUCCUCAUACAUGUUGGAAAUUUGAAAGAAAUUUGAGAGCGAGUUGAUGUAUGAGAGCAUUUCGAUUUAUCGUCAUUCUGUUCAAACUGUACUUGGAGUUCAAUACUUGCUCUCUAAAACACUGUUUUUUGUCAUUUGCAAUAAUGUCCAUAGACAUUUAGAACUUUAACAAAAACAUCACACCUAAAACUAAUUCUGGUUUAUAGUUUUAACAAUGCACGUUUACGUGUUUAUCAUACCUGAUGUCUGUCGGCAUGUGUUUCAUUUAUCUAUUAUUUUUUAGAUAUACGUGUUUACAAAGAGUAAUCAUGAUGGUUUUUGCAGUCACAGAGGUCAUAUUGCGUCAAGUAAUAUCUUUGUGGUCCUUCAGAUGAACUUGAAAAUACUGGUAGCUGUGUUUAGUGAUAUGCUCGUAAUAUUAAUAAUGUUGAGAAUAUUUGUUAAAGCUCCUAGCCUUAGAGGUAAAUCUGUGAUUAGAAGUUUGAGACCCUUCUCUGAAUGUGCAACAUUUUAUUGCAUAAAAAUGUUAACUUCGAACUUAAUUUUACAAAAAGAUCUUUCCGGCCAAGAAGUGAUUACCACCAUCAAGAUUUUUUCAAGAUAAUUUCAUUCUACCCAUUUUUUCGCAAUGUAUACGUUACUCAGUAUAUCACCCAUAUUCAAUAAUGAUCAUAAGAAUGUUUAGUGUUACAAUAUUUAGAAAGCUUUUCUUUUUACUCCGAAGUUGUAAAACCGAUUAUCCCAGAUAACAUGUUUGAUGUAUUUUAACGUAGAUGUAAUUUUCCUUUGACUUUAAAACGCAAAAGUGACUAAUGUUUAAUUUUUUUAUGCUUGUUUGUUGAAGUAUGGCAAUUAUAUACCGAUCCAAAUAAUUGAUCAAUCGCUCUUAAUUCUUGAUUCAUUAAGAUUUCAAAUCGUAGCAUGUACAAAGAGGGUACAAUUAACCUAUUAUUGGAAGAGUACAGCAGAAUCAUAAAUACCCUAUCUUUAACUUAAGCCACUGAAGUAAAAGCAAAAGCUCCUCCGAGCUAAAUCUAAAAUAUAGGUCACAAUAAAAGUCCAAAGGAAUAUGUAAGAAUAACAGGCACUUUUGCUUCGUGCAGUGAUAUGAUUACGAAUCUUGUAAAGGGCAUAAACGGCAAAAUGAAGUGAAUAAAACACUGUGAAGUAACCCUUCUGAGAGAA